AUGAACGUCGAGAAGUCAAGGCUUGGGACGUUUCGCAAGUGGCCAGCAAAUGCCACGGUUGAUCCGGCGCGUCUCGCGAAAGCGGGAUUCUACUACACCGGACAUAGCCUGGAGGUGCAAUGUUUUAUGUGUGACGUGAAGAUAUCAGACUGGAAUUACAGUGAUCAAGCUAUGGUCCGUCAUCGAAUGAAAUCGCCCAAUUGCCCCUUUGUCGUCGCUCCAACUAGCACAUGUAAUGUUCCAUUGGUACCAGCACUGGCUGACAGUGCCGCUGCAGAAUCAACAACACAUCAACUACAAUUAUCAGAUCCUGAACAGUCCAGCAGUGAAAACAGUCCGAGUGUACCACAGAGAUCAAUGGCCCUUAUCAGAGAAUACGGUACCUUUGAACAAAGGCUACUGUCGUUUGAAAAUUGGCCGAAAACCGAUGUAAUUGAUCCAAAGGCGCUAGCUAAAGCAGGAUUUUAUUAUCUCCAAAACAAAGACAUGGUGGAAUGCGCAUUUUGCAGAGGUAUCCUAAUGAAUUGGAAGUAUAGUGAAGACCCGGAUAAGUCGCACAGAUUGAACUUUCCAAAUUGUGAUUUCUAUUUGAGACACAGCCCAACAGAUGAGGUAUUUAAAUUAGUCAGCAUCGUGCCGGAGACUAUUCAAAAUGAAACUAUGACAGAAUUAGGAAUACAGAAACAUGAAGGACCAUAUAAACCAGAAUACGCAACAUAUAAAAAAAGAUUACAGACCUUCAGAGGAUGGCCGAAAGAUCUUAAGCAGACUCCAGAGAUGUUAGCUGAGGCUGGAUUUUAUUAUUCUGGAUACGAGGAUCAAGUUAGAUGUUUCUAUUGUGACGGAGGACUACGAACAUGGCAACCAACGGAUGACGUUUGGAUUGAACAUGCACGGUGGUUUGAAAAAUGUGGUUUCGUAAUUCUUAUACGCGGACACGACUUUGUCAAACAUUGUAUUAGUAAUAGAACUCCUUUGGAUCUUUCGAUUAUCACUGGUGUGCCAGAAGAAGAUAAUGCCACGGAAAUUUCGGUUGAAUCUUUUACUUCGCGAUCUCGCGAACCCGACACAUCAACAUCCAUGGCAGAUGUCACAGAAACUUCAGUUGCAUCUUGUCCCACGGUUUCACAAUUUGAUGAAUCAAAUACAACAAUAAAUGUCACGAACACUAUGGUUACAUCUCCGUCAACAGUUUUACAACCCAGUGUAUCAAUAACAAAUGCAGCAGUUGAGAAGCUUUUAGAGACAGCUCCAGCUAAAGCUGCUCUUGAAAUUGGAUUACAUGUAGGUAGAGUAAAGAGAGCUCUAAAGAAAAGAAUGGAGAGAGUCGGUAAACCAUACAUGGACGUUGUACAACUCAUACAAGACGUUCUACAUGAUCAAGUUACAGAAGAAGAUAAUAUGCUUGAAGAGAGCACUUCUAGCUCACCAACUUCGGAAUUGAAUAACUUAUUUGAUCAAGUCACUAUGCAAAUAACUGCUAAUUCUACAAAUGAAAAUAACACACAACAAUCUAACGUAUUUGAAAGAAACUUCGAAAAGAGAAAAAUGGACAAUGAAGAAUUAGAUGAUCUUAUGUCCUUACGAGAGGAGAACAGAAAAUUGAAGGAAGCCCGUUUAUGCAAAGUUUGUAUGGAUCACGACCUAGCAGUCGUUUUUUUACCUUGUGGACAUUUGGCAACGUGCAACCAUUGCGCACCAGUUCUUACGAACUGUCCAUUAUGUAGAUUGCAGAUUCGCGCUUACGUUCGUAUCUUCUUGUCUUAAGUAAAAUUGUAUGAAUUCAGCGCUGGAUCAUGCAUGAUUCGCUACUAUUAUGAGAUUUGCCAACAGAAUGAUUUUUUAACAAGGGGCACGAAUUACAACCAAUUCGUAGUUAGUUUAUGUAUAGAGCUGCGUUAUACAAACACUAAAUCACGAAUCGCUAACGGACUUUUAGUAAAAUUUAAUUGAAUUUUAAUUAAACUUUACUAAAAUAAAUUUAAGUUCCGAGUGGUUAAAUUUUACUUAAAUUCUACUAAAUUUUAUUUAAAUUAUAAUAAAAUUCGAAAUCUAUGUUGUCCAAUCAUCAUAAUUUUGAAAGUAAAUUCUAAGAAAAAAUUCCAUAUAUCGAAAAACAUAGUGAAUUUCACACAUAGUAAAUAUAUUAUUAAUUACAUAUAACAAUUGGAAAUCAUGAAUUAUAAAUUGCAUAUGAUCUAGCACUAGUUUAAAACAGACUUUUUUUAAAAUAUAAAAACUGAUGGCGUAAAAACAUUAGAAAAUCGAAUUCAAGCCAUUAUUUGUGAUGUAUUUGUUUUGUUAUGUUUUGUUAUAUUAUAAAUAUUUGUUUAUUAAUUUAUUUUAUGAACGACAAUAACAGUGCACGUUACGCGACAAGAUAUUUCAUUAGGCAUAUCUGUAAUUUUAAAGAUGUGCAGAAAAUUCUCGAAAAAAUCAAUUAACAAUCAUAAUUAAUUACACGCCUGAUAAUAUCGACCUACAAAAAUUGUUAUCUUUGCAUUAUUAAUAAUUUUUAAAUUUAGAGAUAAAUGCCACAAUAUUACUGUUAACUUUGCAGAGUAUUAUUCUAUGUUAUAUUGUUGACUUGGAGAUAUAAUUGCUACAUUACUUGCAUUAAUAUCUUCUUAGUAUAUGUUAAAUAUAUUACAAUCGAAAUAUGAUCAAUAAAAGUGCCAUUUGACGAUAUUUAAGAAUGUAUUACACGUACAUAUAUUGAAAAUAAUGAAGAAAUUACAUAUUGCUCUAUAAUGCAUUUGAAUAUAAAAAAUUUGAUGA